AUGGGUGCCUUGGACAAGCUUUGUCGGAACAAGGAGGGCUGGGGCCCCGUCGCGCAACAACGAGAUUUGGAUUUCACCCCGUGCUUCCAGGAUGCGGCCCUGACGAUUGCGCCUGCCCUCCUCUUGGCGCUUUGUGCGGGGAACGUCUUGGUCAAGCUCGCUAAGCAAGAGCCGCGAGUCCUGACAAAGGCUAGCAAGACGAUUCUCAACGUAAAGAACAUUCUUCUGGGUAUCGCUGCUCUGUGCGCUGCGCUUUCUGUGUCACUUCAGUACGGCACGCUCAAGCACCCGCUCAAAAACAUCUCCUUCUGGGCCAGCAUCGCCCUCUUCGUCAGCUAUGCGCUUGCGCUUCCCGUCCAGCAUUUCAAUCACACGCGCGAACGGCGCUCCUCUACGGUUCUUCUCUUCUUCUGGCUCUUCCACCUCGUUGCCAAUGUGGUUCGGCUCAGGACGAUGGCCAGCUACCCUUCUCCACCGAUCUCGGAGAUGAUCCUCGAAUUUGCACUUCUCGCUGCACGAACAACCCUGGUCUUGGUCGUAUUCGCCCUUGAGUGCGCUGGUGUAGAGGUUGGACAAGAGAAGCCGUCGACCAAGCCAAGCGGCAACGGCGCCUUGCCCACAUCCGCCAUCGCCAGCGCCCGCCCUAGGCCGCAAACAAGUGAAAGCGGCUUCAGUGUCAUGAGCGACUCGAGCUACGACCCUGUGGACGCAGAGAAAGAGUGUCCCGAAAAUGUUGCCAAUAUCUUCUCCCGUCUGUCAUUCCACUGGAUGCAGCCACUGAUGUCGCUCGGAGCAAAGAAAUUCUUGACAGAGGAAGAUAUGUGGUCUUUGCCUCCUGGCGAAGAUGCCGAGAACCUGGGCAGGCGCUUUGAAAAGUACUACCAGCUCAAGCGCACAAAGGACGGCAAGCCUCGCUUCUGGCUUACCCUUGCCUAUGCGUACGGAGGUCCGUUCCUCUUUGCCGCUAUUCUCAAGGCAGCUCAAGAUGCCCUCGCUUUCGCCUCGCCGCAGAUCCUUCGUCGGCUGCUCCAAUUCGUCCAGACAUGGGAGACCAAGCACCCCGAGCCGGCUCUGCAUGGCUUCUUCUUUUCGGGCCUCCUUUUCGUUGUUGCCCUGGUCCAGACGGCUUUUCUCCAUGCCUAUUUCCAGCGUUGCUUCACCACAGGAAUGCGAGUCCGGGCCGGUCUGGUGAGCGCCAUUUUCAAAAAGAGCUUGCGUCUCUCCAACGAGGAUAGAGGCGGCCGUGCCACGGGCGACAUUGUCAACCUGAUGAGCGUCGAUGCGACCAGGCUCCAGGAUCUCUGCACAUACGGCCACAUCGCCUGGAGUGCCCUGUUCCAGAUGACGCUGGCUUUUGUCUCGCUCUACAACCUCUUGGGCUGGCCCUCAUUUGUCGGCGUGGCGAUCAUGGUUGUCUCGAUCCCUCUCAACACCAUCCUCGCUCGAUACAUGCGCAUGCUGGCCGAGAGGACAAUGAAGGUCAAGGAUCGCAGGACGCGAUUGAUGAAUGAGAUCCUGACCAACAUCAAGAGUAUCAAGCUCUUUGCUUGGGAAGAAGCUUUCACCGCCAAGCUCUACGAUGUGCGCAACAACGAUGAGCUGUCACUCCUGAAAAAGAGUGGCUCGGUCAACGCUCUCUUCAACUUCUUCUGGACUGCCAUCCCCUUUUUCGUCUCGCUGGCCACCUUCAUCACAUACACCCUCACCAACGACAAACCUCUCACGGCCGACGUCAUCUUCCCGGCUUUGAGCCUGUACCAGCUCCUUUCGUUCCCCCUGGCCAUGCUCGCAGGCAUUGUAGCCGCCAUCAUCCAGGCGCUUGUCUCUGCUCGACGCCUUUCUGAAUUCUUCGACGCGGGCGAGCUUGAUGCUGACGCGCGCAAGGUCAUUAUCCCCGCCAAUCCCAUCGACCCUCUCUUGCCUGACAGCAAUGGCGACACUGCCGACGCCGAAGGGGAUGGUAGCCUAGUCGAGCUAGAGGGAGCCGAAUUCAAGUGGUCUCGCUCGCAGCCCGUGCCCACGCUUCAGGACAUUGAUGUCAAGGUGCAAAAAGGCGAACUUCUUGCCAUUCUUGGACGCGUCGGCGAUGGGAAGAGCUCCUUGCUCUCUGCGAUCCUGGGAGAGAUGUACAGAUCCGACGGCAAGUGCAUCGUCAGGGGCAGGACAGCCUACUUCAGCCAAGGAGGAUGGUGCAUGGGCGCGACUGUCCGCGACAACAUUCUCUUUGGCCUCAGAUACGAGCCGGACUUCUAUCAACGCGUUGUCCAGGCCUGUGCCCUCGAACCAGACUUGCAAAUCUUGCCCGACGGUGACCUGACUGAGGUCGGCGAGAAGGGUGUCUCGCUCAGUGGCGGCCAAAAGGCCCGUGUUGCCCUCGCCCGUGCCUGCUAUGCGCGUGCCGACAUCUACCUCCUCGAUGAUCCUCUGGCUGCCGUCGAUGCCCACGUUGGAGCUCACAUCUUCAAGCACGUCAUCGGGCCGGAAGGUCUGCUGAAGAGCAAAGCCAGGCUCUUGACAACCAACACCGUUGCCUUCUUGCCCCAAGCCGAUCAGAUUGUCUCGCUCCGUCGUGGAGUCUUCCUUCAGGAGAGGGGUACCUACGAGCAGGUCAUGGCUGCCAGGGGAGAUAUUUACAACCUCAUCAACGGUCUGGGCAAGCAGGCUGCCAGGCGAGAAAAUGAAGCUCAGGAGCAGCAGCAGCAGGACGAUCACGAGGUCGUCGACUAUGACAACCACCUCGCCCAUGGUCACAUUAGCGAAGAGGCAUUGAAGGAGACAAAACUUCAUCGUCGUCUGAGCACGGCGUCGAUGAAGCGACCAAAGACCAUGAGCAAGGCGCAGGUGAAGAAGGACACGCUUCGACAACUCCGGGAGACGACACAGCAAAAGGAGAAGAGCUCGCAGGGAAGCGUCAGCAUGGACGUCUAUCGUGCAUAUGCGUCGAGUGCAAGUUACUGGGGCGUUUUCCUCUAUUUCUUGGCCUCCAUCACAUUCCAGGUCCUUCAAGUAUUGCGCGAUGUCGUGCUCAAACAGUGGGGUACGCACAACUCUCAGACCGGUGGCUCCCCUGCCGACACGCGAUUCUACCUCACCCUCUACGGCGCCUUGGGCAUCGCUGCCGCUGUCUCGAUCUGCAUUGCGCCUUUCAUCCUUUACUCCUGGCUGGCCAUCUCCACGGCCAGAAAAUUUCACGACGACAUGUUCCGUAGUGUGCUACGCGCUCCGCUCCAGUGGUUCGAGACCAUCCCGACUGGUCGUCUGCUGAACCUCUUUUCGCGCGACGUCAACGUCAUCGACGAGGUUCUUCCCCGCGUCCUUCACGGCUUUUUCCGAACGAUGAUCAUUGUCGCCGGAGUCAUGGUGGUUGUCACCGUGUCCGUACCACCAUUUAUCAUCGCCAUCCCCCCGCUGUGGUUCAUGUACCGUGCUGUUCAGCGCUACUAUCUCGCCACAUCGCGAGAGCUCAAGCGUCUCGACGCCGUGAGCAAGAGCCCGAUCUUCCAAUGGUUCCAGGAAAGCCUUGGAGGGCUCAGCACGAUCCGCGCCUAUGGUCAGGAGACGCGCUUCAUCGCCACUAGCGAGGCUCGAGUCGAUCGUAACCAGCAAUGCUACUUCCCCGCCGUGAGCUGCAACCGCUGGCUGGCCGUGCGCAUCGAGGCCAUGGGUUCGGCCAUCAUCCUCAUCGCUUCCAUGCUGGCCGUCGCCCUCGUCACAAAUGGAGGCCACAUGGACUCGGGCCUACUCGGCCUUAUGAUGUCGCAGGCCCUCUCGACGACGCAGACGCUCAACUGGGUCGUCCGAUCCGCUUCAGAGGUGGAACAAAAUAUUGUCUCUGUUGAGCGAGUCAUGAGCUACAGCGAGGUGCCGUCCGAGGCUCCUUACGAGGUCGAGCCGGCCCAGAGGCCUCCGCGCAACUGGCCGUCUGAGGGAAGGAUUGAAGUGCAGGGUUACUCGACUCGGUAUCGCAAGGAGCUGGGCCUCGUACUCAAGGACCUCAACCUUGCUAUUGAGCCGAGUGAGCGGAUCGGCGUUGUAGGAAGGACUGGCGCGGGCAAAUCGAGUCUCACCCUGGCCCUGUUCCGCAUCAUCGAGGCAAGCAAAGGCAGCAUCUUCAUUGAUGGCGUUGACUGUGCAAAGAUUGGCCUCAAGGACCUCCGCUCGGCCAUUGCCAUCAUCCCGCAAGACCCGCAGCUGUGGGAGGGUACCCUGCGCGACAAUCUCGACCCGACGGGCAAGUCCACCGAUGAGGAGCUCUGGAAGAGCCUGGCACAGGCCCGUCUCACCGACCACACCAAGAGUGUCGGUGGGCUCGAAGCGCCGUUGACCGAAGGUGCGAGCAACUUUUCGGCCGGCCAGAGACAGCUCUUGUGCGUGGCAAGGGCCUUGUUGCGACGGAGCAAGAUUCUUGUGCUCGAUGAGGCCACGAGCAGCGUCGAUCUCGACACCGACGACCAGAUCCAGCAGGUCGUCCGAAAGGAAUUCAAGGGGACAACCAUUACGAUUGCCCAUCGAUUGAACACCAUUCUCGACUCGACGCGCGUCCUUGUCCUCAAGGAUGGAGAAGUGGCCGAAUUUGACAAGCCGGACGUCUUGCUCGAAAAGAAGACGUCCAUCUUCUUCUCGAUGGCCCUUGAAGCAGGGCUGGCCAAGGUCUGA